GCACCAACUACAACCACACCUCCACCAACAACAACCACAGCUUCAUCAGCUACAAUAACAGCUGCACAAACUACAACCACAGCUCCACCAACUACAACAAUAGCACCAACUACAACAAUAGCACCAACUACAACCACAGCUUCAUCAGCUAAAAUAACAGCUGCACAAACUACAACCACAGCUCCACCAACUACAACCACACCUCCACCAACUACAACCACAGCUUCAUCAGCUACAAUAACAGCUGCACAAACUACAACCACAGCUCCACCAACUACAACAAUAGCACCAACUACAACCACAGCUUCAUCAGCUAAAAUAACAGCUGCACCAACUAAAACCACAGCUCCACCAACUACAACCACAGCUCCACCAACUACAACAACUGCUGCACAAACUACAACCAUAGCUGCUCCAACCACAGCCACAGCUGCACCAACUACAACCACACCUCCACCAACUACAACCACAGCUUCAUCAGCUACAAUAACAGCUGCACAAACUACAACCACAGCUCCACCAACUACAACAAUAGCACCAACUACAACAAUAGCACCAACUACAACCACAGCUUCAUCAGCUAAAAUAACAGCUGCACAAACUACAACCACAGCUGCACCAACUACAACCUCAGAUGCAUCAACUACAACCACAGCUUCAUCAGCUAAAAUAACAGCUGCACAAACUACAACCACAGCUGCACCAACUACAACCUCAGAUGCAUCAACUACAACCACAGUUGCACCAACUACAACCACAACUGCACCCACAACCACAAUUGGUCCAACAACAACUGCAGCUGCCCCAACAACAACCACAGCUGCUCCAACAACAACCACAACUGCUGCUCCAACUACAACCACAGCUCCACCAACUACAAAUACAUUCACGUCAACAGCAACCACAGCUCCACCAACUACAACAACAGCUGCACCAACUACAACCACCGCUGCUGAAACUAGUACCACAGCUGCACUAACUACAACUACAUUCACAUCAACAACAAUCACAGCUCCACCAACUACAACCUCAGCUCCACCAAGCACCACUACAGCAGCACCAAGUACAACCAUACCUCCACCAACCACAACCACAGCUGCACCACGUACUACCACAGCUGCACCAACUACAAAAACAGCUGCACCAACUACAACCAAAGCUGCACCAAAUACAACCACAGACACAGCAGCCUCACCUUCAUCAACUACAUCCGGAGCUGCACCAACUACAAACACAGCUUCACCAACUACAACAAUAGCACCAACUACAACCACAGCUCCUCCACCCAUAACCACAGCUGCACCAACUACAUUCACAGCUCCACCAACUAAGACCCCAGCUUCAUCAACUACAACUACAUACCACAGCUGCACUAACUACAACUACAUUCACAUCAACAACAAUCACAGCCCCACCAACUACAACCUCAGCUCCACCAAGCACCACUACAGCAGCACCAAGUACAACCAUACCUCCACCAACCACAACCACAGCUGCACCACCUGCUCCAACCACAGCCACAGCUGCACCCACGACAACCAUACCUCCACCAACUACAACCACACCUCCACCUACUACAACCACAGCUUCAUCAGCUACAACCACAGCUGCACCAACUACAACCACAGCUCCACCAACUACAACAAUAGCACCAACUACAACCACAGCUCCUCCAAACACAACCACAGCUGCACCAACUACAUUCACAGCUCCACCAACUAA